GCGGCUUGACGCCGAGCUGUAAAAAGGGAACUUGGCAGACGGUGCUUCCUGUGUGCUGAACCCGAAAGCAGGACAGAGACCAUGGAGUCCCGUGCAAUGCAAAAUGUCCUCGGUCUCCUGUCAGUGCUGAGUGUCUGUGCUGCUGCUGCUGACCCACAAGCACCUGAAGUUCACACGGAGCUCGGGAGCCUGAGAGGUGAGUAUGUGAGUGUGAAGGGGAAGGAGCUGGGGGUCCACGCCUUCCUGGCUGUCCCGUUUGCCAAGCCACCCGUAGGCCCUGCUCUGAGACUGGCUGCACCCCAGCCUGCAGAGGCAUGGGAGGGAACGAGAGAGGCUACCAAGCAGCCGCCCAUGUGUGUUCAGAAUAAACAGAUGCUUAUAGAUCUGCUGGCUAGAGUCGACAUGGGGGUGGCAAAUGUCCCAGACAUUUCAGAAGACUGCCUCUACCUCAACAUCUACACCCCUGCAAACAGAGCUCCAGAUGCCAAGCUCCCGGUUAUGGUCUGGAUCCAUGGCGGAGGCUUUACUAUGGGAUCAGCCUCAAUUUACGAUGGCUCCGCCCUGGCUGCUUACCAGGAUGUGGUCGUAGUUUUGAUCCAGUACCGCUUGGGAUUCCUGGGCUACAUCAGCACUGGAGAUGAGCACAUAUCCGGGAACUUUGGCAUGUUGGACCAGGUUGAAGCUCUGAGAUGGACCCAGAAGCACAUUCACAACUUUGGCGGAGACCCAGAUUCAGUAACGAUAGUUGGGGAGUCUGCUGGUGGAGUGAGCGUUUCCCUCCUGCUCCUCUCACCAAUGGCCGAAGGCUUGCUCCACCGUGGCAUCGCUGAGAGCGGCACUGGUGCAAUGGAUGCACUCUUGAUGAGUGAUCCUCUUCCAGUGGCACAGAUGGUAGCAAAUAUAUCUGGCUGUAGCCUCGAAAGCACAGAGAAGAUCAGCCACUGCUUGAAAAACCUCGACUUCGAUUCUGUGCUGACUAUUGCAAAGAUGGAAACCUUGAGAAUUGGUAUAACCAUUGAUGGACACUUUCUCACUAAAACUGUGAAUGAGAUUUUCCUGGAAAAGGCAUUUCCCACUGUGCCGUUAAUGACCGGUGUUAAUAAUGAUGAAGGCGGCUGGUUACUUCCAAGUUUUAUAGCUCCUCCAACCUGGACUGAGGGAUUAGAUCGGGAGCUUGUGGUCAACAUAGUCUCCCUGUUUUACAGUGAUCCCAAAUCUGCAAUCAUCAGAGAUUCCAUUUUAGAGGAAUACAUUGGAACUGGUGAAGAUCGAGAGAAAAACAGAAAUGGAUUCACUGAGUUGCUGGGAGAUGUUUUAUUUACCAUUCCAGCUAUCAAGACUGCUAUGGCCCACAGAGAUGCAGGCGCCCCUGUUUACCUGUAUGAGUACCAGCAUGCUCCCAUUGCCCUCAAGGCAAAAAGGCCGAGCUUUGUUGGGUGUGACCAUGGAGAUGAAAUCUUCACAGCAUUAGGAUUCUGUUUCACAACCACCCAUGUCACAUUAUUUGAUAAAUGCUCAGAAGAGGAGGAAGAGUUAAGCAGAAUCAUGAUGAGCUACUGGGGCAACUUUGCUCAUACAGGUUCUCCUAAUGGGGACGGCCUUGUCCACUGGCCUAAGUAUGGAGCAGAAGAAGAAUACCUGUCGAUUGCACUGAAGGAGCAGACACCUGCUCGGCAGCUGAAGAAGGAGCGGUUUGCCUUCAUGACUCAGACGCUCCCAGAGAAGCUCCGACGAUACGCAGAGCAGAUGGAGCGCGGCGAGCUGUAGAAGAACCCGCUCCCCUAUCUCCAUUCCAUCCACUUUUUAAUCAGCAACCACAAACAAGUAUGUUAGAUAUACUAUGAGACAUUUGGUUAGAAAUAAAAAUUCUAAACAACUGAAAAA